AUGGCGGAUGGGAGCUUGUUCCAGUUUCCUGUGCUAAAUUUUAGUGGGCUUGCUACUCGGGUUGCAGAAUGUACUGGCCAAAAAAUUAAGCCAUCCGACCUGGCUGUUGGUUUUAAGGUCGAUGGCAUAAUCUGUCAUUGUCUCUUUGAUUUUUACGGGAUAUCACUUAGUCCCUCUGAUAGGUCAUUUUACGCCCUUACGUUAAUGAAAAAGUUUGAGCAGAUGAAAUUUCCGGAGUCUUUUACUUCCUCUGACUUUGCGGAAGAAAGAGAUCCAAAAAAGAUGUCUAGGGUGCUGUCGUGGUUAUUUCGGUUCUUCGAAACUCUUGCCCCCGCCAAUGAGUACGCAUUUAACGUGUGGAAUUCAUACAAGGAAAAGGCUUCUCAUGCCACAGCUCUGAAGGAAAAAAUUGCUUCUUUGCGCAUCAUUAACAAAACGGAGGAGGGAAAACGUUCAGAAUACCAGAAAAUUAUCGUGGAAUUACGGUCGUCUUUGUCUGAAAAGCUUAUCUCAAGGAGGCAAAUUGAUGAUCGCAUUGCUUCAGAAGGUCGAAAACUAUCCCUUCUUACCGAAUCCGAGAAGUCGCACUCUCUGGAGGUUUCGUCCUUCUUUAAUUUCUUUCAUUUAGCACCUCCCAUAAUUGCGUUGUUUUUGCUAGUGCAAAGUUUGUUUUUAUUCACCAAUUUUCACUCCGUUCAUUGUAUUUAUAUUUUUCGUUUGCCAUAUUGCCGUCUCCAAAUUUCUCAAGCGCUUCAAACAUCGACUCUGUACAAAAAACUUGACGAGCUUAAAGGCAGACGAGAAAUUUUGCUUCCUCAAGUUGUCGAGAAUCCGAAUCUUCUCCCUAAGGCGGUAGAGGAGUUGAAAGAGAAACUAAAUGCUUUGGAACUUGAAAUGCAGGAGAUCAGGGCAAAGACUUUUCAAGUUGACCAAUCGAUUGGCGACUUUAAACGGCUUCAUGAGGUGAUUGAGCAGCAACUUGUUACAGUUGCUAGGGCUUGUCAUUCGCUGCUCUAUCAAAUGUCGCAGUCCCAAACAGACUUGGAGAAGUCGGAUAAAGAAAUAGUAGGGCGGUCCACCAGUACCGAAUCGUUGGUUAAGAAAAUUACUGACGUUACGGAGCGACUACGUCUCUCAGAGCAUAAUAUUGUCAAAGCGAAAGUGCUGGAGGCGACUCAGACAUUGAAUGCUGAUCGUAUCAAAAAAGAAAAGGCAGCACUAUUGGAUAGGUAUCGUUUCGUCUUCAAAUCCCUCGAACCCGAUGUCUGCGCAAAGGAGGCUCUGCUGAAAACGACGAAAAUACUUUAUGAAAAUGAGUAUUCCAACAAAAAGCGUGACGAUGACUGGAAGAAGAUAGAGGAAUUGAAAGAUAUUCUCCAACGACUUUAUCAGGCUUACGUUCAGAGUCAAGAUCGGUAUUUUUUUCGCUGA